GGUGGCAGAAAUCAUGCAACUGUAUUCUGCUUUACAUGCCAUGGACAAGCGGCCCUCCAAAUACACCCUAAAAAGUAAGAAGAGAACCUUGCCAGGACCAUGGAGAGCUUCUCGGAAACGCAGUGGCUCUGCACCGGGUCAACAGGCAGCUGAAAGGCUGUUCAUGACCCAUGGCCAGGCUGCCCAGAGACCUGACACCACUAGAAUCACUGAGUGCAUUUGCCUCAAGCUACUAAAAGAAUACCAACAAGCGAGGAACCGACCAAAAGACUGCAAGGGAAAAGUUCUGCCCAUUCCACAGUCAAUUGUGCAAACCUACUGCCAUGUUAAACAGCUGCAACAAGAUAAGACCAACUUGUUGUUAGUCACCAUCAACAACACCACAGUAUGUGCCUGGCUACAUGGGCGACAGAAAAGAACAGACCGAGACACUCUCCUGCGAGGAGUACAGCUUCCACAGAAGGUGUCUGUGGCUGAAAAUUCCCUGCCAGAUCCAAGACAGCUCCCCUCUAUUCCUGUUGAACAUGGACAUAAAUGCAUGGAGUUUCAGGAACCUGAAAAUCGUGAAGGCGAGGCAGUGAUACGUCCACGCGUUGGUGGUAAAACUGGCUCUUCAAAGCAUUGUCCUAAGACUGUUUUGUCAUUUGCAAGGUCACUUUUCACCAGGCCCAGCUCCUACCUGCUUCUUAUUCCACUUUACUCCCCCACCACUGCCAAUCCACGACCUCUGACCCGCAGUGAACCCAGCUGUCAGCUGUCCUGGCCCUGCAUGGGACAGCUUACUUUCUCCUGGUCUGUCCAAGUGAAUCACCUAAAAUGGGAGCUGGAUGCAGCUUUUCCUGUCAGAGGACUUAUUCUGAGACAACUGGACCUCAACAUGUGA